AUGAGCCUGGUCUCAUCGCUCACCAAUGUGGUGGCUUACAUCUUCAUGACGUACGUGAUUCUGGUGACUGCUGUCAUCAGUAACGUGUUCCAGAUCGUGGCUUACCUGCUGAUGCGGCCGUUCUCACUAACGGUGUACAGAAAGGUGGUCUCGUUCUGCCAAUACCUCAUCUUGAGCCAAUUGUCUUUCAGGUUCGACUGGUGGGGGCAGUCAGAAAUCACAUUUUACAUCAGUGACGCGGACCGGCCGUUCUUGGGGAAGGAGACAGCAGUCAUUGUGAUGAACCACAGGAACUCAGCUGAGCACCUGUUUUGCUUUGCUAUAGCAGAGAGGCUUGGGCUUCUACGGACAUUCAAAGCUUUUUGUGCAGACUACAUAAAGUACGUACCUACAGCUGGCUGGAGCUUGUCCUUUAACGAGUGCAUCUUCCUGAAGCGGAGUUACGAAAAGGACAGAGGAAUCAUCGUCAAGCAGCUGGAGGAGCUGCACACCUAUCCUGGCAUCUUCUGGCUCCUGUUCUACUGUGAGGGAACCCGCUUUACGGCAGAGAGGCACCAGACGUCCAUGGAGGUUGCCAGAAGCAAGGGUCUGUCUGAACUAAAACAUCACCUUCUGCCUCGUACCAAGGGUUUUAAGCUGUGUGCUCGAGUUGGCAGGAAGUACA